AUGGUGAAGUCUAAACAAACCUGCAAGAAGUCCACCGGUGGCACCGCGCCACGAAUUGCCUUGUCGUUGCCGGCAUCUACUGGAGCGGUCACUGCGCCGGGUGAGCUGAAUGUGAGAGAGCCGUCUGAACACAACGAGGGGAAGAUUGCCUCUUCCUCUGCAGCACCUGUCCGCGGGCCGAUGACGUCACGUUCGUCUGCAUAUCUUGCCAUGUUGGCAUGGAACGACACGGGCGCGCAUCUCAGUCGCCCUAUUUUGGUUUUUACAGGAAGGGGCAACCGCUCCUUCCUUCAUUCCUCCAAAUUCGUGCUACGUUGGAGGUUUCACUCCAUUCCCAACUGUCUUCGGCACCCACGCUCAUGCUCCAUCUCGUCCUCGUCGACCACGACGUCACCGGCGGCUGUUUCGAACUGGCCUCCGAAUUCCUUCAGGCCAUACUUCCCCAGCGGAGGGUUUGAAUUUCGGUCCAUCGUGUUCGACAUCGGCAAUGCCUCAAAGAUCGACGAGUACCGGUUGCAGGCGACUGCCAUCAUCCAGUCGCUGAUGAGCUCCAACUGGGCUCGUGUCGUCGUCGCCAUCACUAACCACACCGACAACGAGCAUGGAGAUCCAUUUAUUGGGUACGAGGGCAACAAGAAGUCAUACGUUUCGGCACGCGUUCACUCUGUUCUCGAUGUUCUGCUUUCACCUUGGCAUCCCCUGAUUCAUGGUGCCGCGGAAUCAUACUUAUGGCUGUUUUCGUGUGGCGCGCUCAUCAACAACGUCACUUCCUUUUCAGGCUUGCAACAGGCGGUCAUAGAUCAUCGCAUCACAGCCACUAUUGGCUUUAAUGCUGUUCGUUUUCAGCCGAGUUUCGCCACCCACCUUUUGCUCGCAUUCGCGGAGCUGGUCAUCAUCGAGCGUUUGCCCAUUCACAUCGUCUUCCCUGACAUGUUGGGCCAGUCCUACAAACUUGGGCGCCACACUGACGUGUUCUUGCUGAUGCCUGACAACUCAGGUUCGUUGGCCGUUACCAAGUUCGCCUGGACGCAUUCCCAACUUCGCCCCUGGGGUCAGUACCUGCCGGUCCAGUGCCCACAGUGUGGGUGGAGUAACGCCUGGUGUUCUGUCAACAUGCACAAAGAUUACAUCUUUGAAUGCAAGAAUGGCCAAUGUAGGAAAAAGAUCCUUUUGCCAGGCAAAAGACCUGGCUCCUGCUGGAUUUCGGUUGUCUUGAGGCCCAUGCCUAGUGUCCCUGAUGAGGAUGAGGAUUAG